UGGUUGCUAGUUGUUUAUUGCUUCAAGUAUUCUGUCACACCUCUUUCUCCCCACGAAUCCUUCACUUUCCUUCCUUUCCUCUCAAUUUCCCUAUAAAUUCUCCAUAAACCCUAAUAAACCAAACGCCAAAUAACAUUAUCUUCUCCCCCUCCACAAAUUCCAAUCUUGAUAAUAAUUUUUUUUUCAAAAUAAAGAAAACCCCUUUAUUCAGAUUCCUCCAAUUCUUGAUUUUUCAUCUUAUAUAUAUACUCUAAUGGUUUCAUUCUUCAUUAUACUCCAACCCCUUUAACAAUUUUAUGCUAAAGAUUCAAUCUUUAUCUUGAAUUCUUGAUUUUUCCUCAAUCUUUGUGUUGUUUUAGCAAUGGCUGUUGCAUACCCUCAAUUUUUUGGUACAAAAAAAGUUGACACUUCAUUGAUGGUGUCAUCAUCUUCCUCUGUUUCCCCUGUUAUUCUAUCUCAAGAUGAGUUGAAAAAGGUAGCUGCUUAUAAAGCUGUGGAGUUUGUUGAGUCUGGUAUGGUUGUUGGUUUAGGUACAGGGUCUACAGCAAAGCAUGCUGUUGACAAAAUAGCUGAGCUUUUACAUAGUGGUAAGUUAAAGAACAUUGUAGGGAUUCCCACUUCAAAGAUUACUCAUGAACAAGCUGUUUCACUUGGUAUCCCUUUAUCAGAUCUGAAUAAACACCCUAUUGUUGAUUUAGCAAUUGAUGGUGCUGAUGAAGUUGACCCUCAAAUGAAUUUGGUUAAAGGGAGAGGAGGGUCAUUGCUUAGGGAAAAAAUGGUUGAGGCAGCUACUAAGAAGUUUAUUGUUAUUGUUGAUGAGUCAAAAUUGGUGAAUUAUAUAGGUGGUAGUGGACUUGCUAUGCCUGUUGAGAUUGUGCCCUUUUGUUGGGAGUUUACAUUGAAGAGGCUUGAGAUGUUGUUUAUUGAAGCUGGAUGUGUUGGGAAGUUGAGAACAGCAGGUGGAAGUGGAGGUGAAGAGCCUUAUGUUACUGAUAAUGGUAAUUACAUUAUUGAUUUGUAUUUCAAGAAGGAUAUGGGUGAUUUGAAAGAUGCAAGUGAUGCAAUUUUGAGACUUGCUGGUGUUGUUGAGCAUGGCAUGUUUAUUGAUAUGGCUACUACUGUUAUUGUUGCUGGAAAACUUGGUGUCUCUGUUACUAAUAAGUUAUAGGGAGAAGGUUGAAUUUUGAUUAGUUGUUAUCUUUUAGGAACCUUAGCUGAGGUAUUAGGAUGUUGGGGGUGGGGGUGGGGGGUCUUGCUGAAACAUUUAUGUGACAAGUAUAAAAUUUUGGUGUUUUCUGCACCAAUUAAUAUAUUGAAUUGUUUGGGGUAUUUGCCUCAAAGUUGCUAUCUUGCUGA